UUGUCACAUAUCAAAAUAAUAAUUUCUCCUCUACUCUCUUCCCGUCUAGUUGAAGCAAUACGUAAUGGUAUCGAUAUUUUGAUUGGCACCCCUGGUCGCAUCAAAGACCAUCUCCAGAACCAAAAACUGGACCUCUCCAAACUGAAACACGUUGUUCUCGAUGAAGUGGACCAGAUGUUGGACAUGGGUUUUACUGAACAGGUUGAAGAAAUUUUGUCUUCUUCAUAUGAGAAAGACUCCCCCUCCAACCCCCAGACUCUUCUCUUUUCGGCCACCUGCCCCGCCUGGGUAUACCAGGUUGCCAAGAAAUACAUGAGACCAGAAUGCAAACAUGUGGAUCUGAUCGGCAAGAGCACACAGAAAGCCGCCACAACUGUAGAGCAUCUGGCCAUAGCGUGCCACUGGUCUCAGCGAGCAGCCGUGAUCGGUGAUGUGAUCCAGGUUUACAGCGGCACCCAUGGCAAAACCAUAUUGUUCUGUGAGACAAAGAAAGAUGCCAACGAAUACUCCUUAGAUACAUCCAUCAAACAGAGUUGCCAGGCCCUCCACGGGGAUAUUCCUCAGAAACAGAGGGAGAUCACGCUGAAGGGGUUCAGAAAUGGCGUUUUCGAGGUUCUGGUUGCUACCAAUGUUGCAGCCCGUGGAUUGGACAUCCCUGAAAUCGACCUGGUGAUCCAGUGUUCUCCACCCAAGGAUGUGGAGUCGUACAUCCACCGUUCAGGACGUACAGGCCGAGCGGGCAUGACCGGAGUCUGCAUCUGUUUCUACCAGAGGAAAGAGGAGGACCAGCUGCGCUACGUGGAAAACAAAGCAGGUAUCACAUUCAAAAGAGUCGGCGUUCCUACUGCCAACGAUAUCAUCAAGUCAUCAAGCAAGGAUGCCGUCAAGCUUCUGGACUCGGUCCCAGUUACUGCCAUCGGGUACUUCAAAGCGUCGGCGGAGAAGCUGAUCGAGGAGAGAGGAGCCGUC